AUGCAUCCUUCAAGGGCCAAUCCUCAUACACCCUCCCUGGGAAGCCUUCUCUUACACCAGCAGUUCUCAACCCUGAACGUGCAUCAGAGUCACCUGCAGGCCCAAACCCACCGGCUGCUGGACCCCAGCCCUGGCGAUUCUGAUAUAGGAGACACUUCGCGGUAUGAGCAGCUGUCCUCUCUCCCCUCAGGCUCUCCUGCCCCGUUCACAGAGCCCAGCCCCGGGCUCGCCUCCAGUGAGACGGACAUCGCCAUCAUUGCAGGAGUGAUCGCGGCCGUGGCCUUCGUGCUGAUCUGCCUCCUCCUCCUCAUGCUGCACUACCUGUACCGGCACCAGGGCACCUACCACACCAACGAGGCCAAGGGCACCGAGUUUGCCGAGAGCGCAGACGCAGCCCUGCAGGACGACCCCUCCCUCCAGGACCAUGGUGACAGCAGCAAGAAGGAGUACUUCAUCUGAGGGACUUGACCAGGACUCACAUCCCCCGGUGUCUCCUCCUCCUCCGACCCCAGCACCCGCCCCACCUGCAGCACCAGGCAGCCCGCGGGCACCCACCACACCCUAAGACAUGCAUCUCGCCUGGGACAUUGGGUGCCACCCAGGGGAGUGGGGAGGGAGGGAACCCAAGGAUGUUCUGGCCACCCUGGAGGCCGGUCCUGGCUCUGCGGGGGGAGGAGGUCUGGGUCCUCCCAGGCAGCACAGGUGGUCACCGGCAUGUGUGAAAGUCCUCACUGGGUGUGAGCUGUGGGGGGCCAAGGGGCAGGGGGGUGAGGAAGUGAGUCAUCAGGACGCCAACUGGGGAUAAUGGCAUCCCAUCCUUGUCAUCUGGGAGACAGCAGCUGCUGGAGCUAAAAGGCACCUUUGUCUCCCCCUGAUGGGACUCUGAGUGAUUGGAAAUAAAUCUGAAAUGUAAUGGAGA